AUGAUGUUAGCCAGGGGAGUCUCACACCAGUCAGCUUUAACCAAGAGCCUUCAUUGCCUCUUUGGCUCCCCAAGGGAAGAUGUUUGGAAGUCUAAUAUCCGGAGAGUGCAGCUGCAGGCCAGAGGAGGUGACCUGCAUGGCUUCCCUGUCCGGGCUCGGAGACCCCGGCCCUUCAGUGAAGUGCCCACAAGUGGGUCCAAUGGUUGGAUGAACUUGAUCCGUUUCUGGAUGGAAAAAGAGAUGCAUAACAUCCAUUUCCGAAAUGUACGGAACUUCCAACAAUUAGGCCCAAUAUACCGGGAGAAACUGGGCAAUUUGGAUUCUGUUUUUAUCAUCAACCCUGAGGAUGCUGCUCGCCUCUUUAAGGCAGAAGGAUCCUACCCAGAAAGAUAUAAUAUCCCACCAUGGACGGCUUAUCACUUCUACAUGAAGAAACCUCUUGGAAUCCUGCUCAAGAGCUCUGAAAGUUGGAAGAAAGACCGGAAUUCCCUGAACCAUUUAUUGUUGACUUCAGAUUCUAUAAAUGAUUUUGAGCCGCUGAUCUCUCCAGUCACAAAGGAUUUUCUAAAGAUCAUUUACAGAGGGAUUGAGAAGAGCGGGGAAGGAAAGUUCACUGUGAACCUCACUCAGGAACUGUUUGGAUUUGCUUUUGAGACUAUCUGCAACAUUAUCUUUGGGGAGCGGCAGGGAGUCCUCGAUGAAUUGGUGGAUACUGAGGCCAAGAAGUUCAUUGAUGCUGUGUCUACAAUGUUCAAUACUAGCGUCCCAAUGCUGAAUAUCCCUCCAGAACUAUUCCGCAUGGUCAAGGCCAAGGCCUGGAGGGACCACGUGGCCUCGUGGGAUACAAUUUUUAAUCGAGCUGAAAGUUAUGUACAGAGUUUCUUCCAAGAAAAGAAGAGAAAAGAACUUGAGAAUUAUCCAGGUCUUCUGCCUUGUCUUUUACGCAAGAAUAUCAUGGAUUUUGAGUCUAUCAAAGGCAAUGUUACAGAACUGAUGGCAGGAGGGGUGGACACGACUUCAAUGACCUUACAGUGGUGUAUGUAUGAAAUGGCUCGGAACCUAAAGAUACAAGACAUGCUUCGGGCUGAAGUCCAGGCUGCCCGACGAGAUACCCAGGGAGAUGUAAAGAAGAUGUACAAAGCUGUUCCGCUUCUCAGAGCUGCCAUCAAAGAAACCCUGAGAGUUACCACCCUUUCUCCUUGUUCCCUGUACAUGCCUUCUUGCCUCGUGACAUUGAAGUUUUAA